AUGUCGACUAACGGAUACACAGACUGCAUCGAAGGGACAUUCUAUGGGUUUACCGACACUGAAAACAAUGAAUUUUACCCUGGCCAGUCCCUGAAUCUGCAGUGGGGCCUUAUCCAAAAUGGCACCAUGCCCUUGAAUAUUUCGCUAGGCCGUGUAGGAGGAGCAUUGGUGGACAAUAUUGUUUCGGAUGCAGCUUUUUCUACGACCAGCACUCUCUACCAGAUAGUCGCCAAUACGACCGCAAACUGUACCCUUGAACAGUAUAGCUGGGCUAUACCUUCCGACUUCAACACUUCCAACCCCGAGUACCAGAUUGGAAUAUUUGACGGAGGUGCAAUUCGGGGCGAUAAUAAUAAUGGAUGGAGAGCUUGGAGUCCGGUAUUCUAUGUGCGCGACAAGACGAGUGCAGUAUCAGCGUCUCGCACGGCUACUACAACUGGCCUUUUAACAGCAACCGCGGAAACAAGUCCUAUAAACACUGCUACAUCAUCGUCAUCAGCUUCAACAUCAACCUCAUCGUCUUCUUCCGAUCAUAAUACUGGAUCAUCUAAUUCGACGGCGAUAGGCAUUGGCGUUGGCGUGGGAGUAGGAUGUGCAGCACUCAUCGCACUCGGCGCAUUUUGGUUUAUCUGGAGGCGAAGAAAGGCAAGAGCUGCCAGAGGUAGUGUUGGGCCGAAUAAAUCUGGAUCUGCAGAGCUGCCUGGGAGUGGGAGACACCCAUCGGAGCUUCCCGUUGCCGCGAGGGAUAGUACAGGCGCAAGGAUGGAGCAGGUACUUGACAAGCCACAAGAGUUGGAAGGUGGGAAGAUAGCCACCAAAACUUCUCAAGUACACGAGAUGGAAUAG